AUGGUUUUCUACUUAGAUGAGACUGUCGUAGAAAGUGACAGCGACAACGAUGACGGCCACGCUGACCUUGUAGAACACUUGGGAGCAAAUCUGAGCUCAGCUCACCCUCCAACCCGAAGAAGAAAAAGUUCCGUCUAUAGCAAGAUAUCAGUGCACAACGAAGACACAGGCAAUGGCCAGAUAUCGAUCACAGAGUACACAAAGGGCGAGCAAGAAACAAAUGCUUCUAUUUCGGAUUUUGAGCCUAUCACCGUCUUAGGACAGGGUGCCUACGGAACCGUGAAGCUGGUCAAGAAUAAACACACGUCCAAACUAUACGCCCAGAAGGAGUUGAAGAAAGCAAGCCUGGUGAUCAACGAAAAGCACGUCGAACGCACGAUGGAAGAGCGUAAUAUUCUGAGCAAGAUAUCAGAACAUCCUAAUAUAGUCAAGCUUUUCUACGCUUUUCAUGACCACGACAAGUUGUAUUUAAUGAUGGAGUACGUUCCUGGUGGAGAGUUGUUUCAGCAUUUGAAUGAGGAAAAGUUUUUGGGCGAGGACAUUGCUAGUUUUUAUGCCGCUCAAAUGGCUUUGGCCAUCAACUAUCUCCACACCAUGGGAAUUGUGUACAGAGACUUGAAGCCUGAAAACUGUUUACUGGAUUCCCAGGGUUUUCUGGUGCUAACUGAUUUCGGUCUUAGCAAACAAUCACUGGAUACUGGUGCUUCAUCUAUUGAACACGAUGGCUCUUUCAAAAGCAUCAUUGGUACCCCAGAAUACAUGGCUCCAGAGGUAUUGAAGGGUGAUCCUUACUCAUUUUCUUGCGACUGGUGGUCACUUGGUGCAGUAAUCUUUGACAUGAUGAUUGGGAAACCACCAUUUACAGGAGCAAACAGUAAGAUAAUCAUGGACAAGAUCGUGAAUAAGACACUCAAAUUUCCCUAUUAUUUAACUCCAACCGCUAAGGAGCUCCUUCAAAAGCUGCUCAAUAAAUCACCAGCCAAGAGAGACGUUGACACUACAUUCAACAAGUUCCAGAAGCACUCUUUUUUUAGAAAUAUUGAUUGGGACGCACUACUGAAAAGAGAUCUGACUAAGAUUAGCCCUCCAAUCGUGCCAAUAAUCACGAAUCUUGAGCUAGCUGAGAAUUUCUCAAGAGAUUUCACCGACUUGAAGCUAAGCGAUGAUGUAUCCACAGACUUAAAUUUAAUACCAACUACAAAGACAAAAGACGCAUUCCAAGGGUUCUCCUACGUUGCCAGCAAUAGCUACAUGAACAGAUAUCUGGGAUGUUAA